AUGGAGGAUAGAGAUACCCGCCUCGAAAAGUUAGCAAGUGAGAUCGAGAGCUUAGCAGAAGCAAAAUCAAUUCAAGCACAUGUGGAGCUUUCCGAAAAUAAAGACUUCAUCAUGGGGAUAAUUGAAGAUAAAAUUGAUCCUCCGAUUAAAUCUUCCCUCACAUAUGCAAAGUCAUACACACAACGGAUUGAUAACUUGAAGAUGUCUACUGGAUAUCAACCUCCAAAGCUUAACCAAUUUGAUGGAAAAGAAAAUCCCAAGCAACAUGUGGUGCAUUUCGUCGAGACAUGCAACAACUCUGGGACUUAUGGUGAUCAUCUUGUCAAACAGUUUGUUUGUUCUCUCAAAGGUAAUGCAUUCGAUUGGUACACAGAUCUUGUAUCUGGUUCUAUCGAUAGUUGGGAGCAGUUGGAGCAAGAGUUUCUCAAUCAUUUUUAUAGCACAAGACGCAUCGCAAGCAUGAUCGAACUUACAAACACUCAUCAAGAAAAGGAUGAGCCAGUUAUUGACUUCAUUAACCGCUGGAGGAGCUUAAACCUCAACUGUAAAGAUCACCUUAGCGAGACUUCUGGCAUCGAAAUAUACAUUCAAGCUAUGCAUUGGAGUCUUUGCUAUAUUUUACAAGUCAUAAAGCCCAAAACAUUUCAAGAACUAGUAACUCGUGCACAUGAUAUGGAAUUGAGUAUGGCUACAAGUGGAGAUCAAAGAUAUCCUGGCUUUGAGCCUCAUGAUGAAAUAGAAGUAGAGGAUUCUGAGAAUGGAGGCAAGUAUUUGUCCGAAGAUGAAGCUGAAGAUUGUGAAAAACUCUGA